AUUGGUUGAGUUCCGUAGGAAAGAGAAGAGUUGAUCAUAGAUCCGGAAGCUGUGUGGCGUGCGUUGUACGGAUAAGGAUGGCGGGUGCUGCGGAUGAUGAGCGGUUUGAUGGGAUGCUGUUGGCCAUGGCCCAGCAACACGAGGGGGGCGUGCAGGAGCUGGUGAACACGUUCUUCAGUUUCCUGAGACGCAAGACUGACUUCUUUGUAGGUGGAGAGAGCGGAGCUGCUGAAAAGCUCAUCCAAGAAGCUUUUAAGCACCACAAUAAACUGGCCCGUGCCUCUCUGGAUAAGAAAGAAGCUGAUCGACGGGAGGCAGCAAACCGGGAGCCCGUGGCUAAACAGAAACCAAUGGAGCUUAACGAGCCCAGGAUCACAGAGCUGACUGACGAAGAGGCAGAUAAACUUCAAAAAGAGAUUGAUAAAAGCAAAGCUGAUGAGCAGAAUCAGAACAUCUCAGAGGAAGCAAAGGAACAGCCAGAGCGGCAAAAGGAGGAUGAUGAUGAUGAUGACGCUGAUGGAGAGGAUGAAAAAGACAAAGGAAAACUCAAACCAAAUUCAGGGAACGGAGCUGACCUACCUCAUUACCGCUGGACACAGACACUGUCAGAGGUGGAUUUGGUUGUACCGUUCCCGGUUUCCUUCCGGCUCAAAGGAAAGGAUGUAAUUGUGGAUAUCCGGAGACGGAGAUUGACUGUUGGCCUGAAGGGUCAGACCCCUGUGUUGGAUGGAGAACUCUACAAUGAAGUCAAAGUUGAGGAGUGUUCUUGGUUAAUAGAGGAUGGAAAAAUGGUUACUGUCCAUCUAGAGAAGAUUAACACAAUGGAAUGGUGGAGCCGCAUAGUGAACACAGAUCCAGAAAUAAACACCAAGAAAAUUAACCCAGAGAACUCUAAGCUGUCAGACCUGGAUGGAGAAACUCGCAGUAUGGUGGAAAAAAUGAUGUAUGACCAAAGGCAAAAAUCCAUGGGGCUCCCAACUUCAGAUGAACAAAAAAAGCAGGACAUAUUAAAAAAGUUCAUGGAACAGCAUCCAGAAAUGGACUUCUCUAAAGCAAAAUUUAGCUGAACCUGCCUUUCCCCCCCAGAAAACCAAAGAACAGGGGCCAUAAUUUCUUCCAGUAUACAUGGUGAUCACGCCUUUUAAUCUUCUGUACAUUUGUUGGCUUAAAUUAAAGGUUAAACAAACUCA